UUUUCCUCCCAGCAAUAACACCCAAAUCCCUCCUGCAUUUACUGAACAUUUCUCCGCCACCGCUAAAUCUGCAUUUUAUUUUAUUUUGGUCUCUUUCAUCUUAUUUUCUCGGUGAGUUCAGCUGCGUGACGCACGACAAAUGAUGAAUACUUGUGUAGAAGGAAGAGCAGGGUCACCAGUACCGAGCUGUGUGUCUGCCAUGAGUGACCGGUCCAAAGAGGAACCAUUAAGCUUCGGGAAAGAACCUAGACCAUCCCACAAAGAAGGUCAGAACUACAGAUCAGUGUCACCAGUACCGAGCUGUGUGUCUGCUAUGAGUGACCGGUCCAAAGAGGAACCCUUAAGCUUCGGGAAAGAACCAUGGCCAUCCCACAAAGAAGGUCCGAACUACAGAUCAGUGUCACCAGUACCGAGCUGUGUGUCUGCCAUGAGUGACCGGUCCAAAAAGGAACCAUUAAGCUUCGGGAAAGAACCAUGGCCAUCCCACAAAGAAGGUCCGAACUACAGAUCAGUGUCACCAGUACCGAGCUGUUUGUCUGCUAUGAGUGACCGGUCCAAAGAGGAACCAUUAAGCUUUGGGAAAGAACUUAGACCAUCCCACAAAGAAGGUCAGAACUACAGAUCAGUGUCACCAGUACCGAGCUGUGUGUCUGCUAUGAGUGACCGGUCCAAAGAGGAACCAUUAAGCUUCGGGAAAGAACCUAGACCAUCCCACAAAGAAGGUCUGAACUACAGAUCAGUGUCACCAGUACCGAGCUGUGUGUCUGCUAUGAGUGACCGGUCCAAAGAGGAACCCUUAAGCUUCAGGAAAGAACCUAGACCAUCCCACAAAAAAGACAGGGUUGGUGUCUCUGUGGACCAGCAGGUGUCCCGCUGCACUUUGGCUCAGGAUGACUUCAAGGAUCUCUGCUCAUCCUGCCAACAGUCUAAUACACUGGACUCCUCUUGUUCCCAGUGUGGAUGCAGAUCCAGAACAGGACCUUGGGCACCGGCAUUCGAUUUUGGUCUCCAGGAGGUUUUAGAUGAGCAUAAGUGCAGUCUGAAGAGUCGAUGCGAAAGUGUGACUGAAGGAGCCGACGAAAGAGAGAGCAAAACCUGCCUCAAGAGGAUCUUCACCGAGCUCUUCAUCACAGAGAGACAGAGUGAAGAAAUCAACCCGCAGCAUGAGGUGUGGCAGCUGGAGGCGACGUUCCAAACCAGGAUUUUCGAUGACACGCCCAUCAAGUGCUCCGACAUCUUCAAAGCCCUAACUGACCAGCAGGGGAACAUUAGAGUUGUCCUGACAAACGGUGUCGCUGGCGUUGGCAAAACGUUCUCGGUGCACAAGUUCGCUCUGGACUGGGCGGAGGGUUCCGAGAACCAAGACGUCGGUCUUCUUUGUUUGCUGUCCUUCAGAGAGCUGAACCUGAUCAGGGAUCGGCCGUACAGUCUCCUCAAACUGCUCCACGAUUUCCAUCCAACAUUACAGAAAAUGACAGCGGGGAAACUUGCCAUCUGCAAAUGUUUAUUCAUCUUCGAUGGUCUGGAUGAAAGCGCGCUCUCGUUGGACUUCGUCGAUAACCAGGUCGUGGAGGAUGUCGAACAAACGGCGUCUGUCAGUGUGCUGCUGACAAACCUCAUCCGAGGAAACCUGCUUCCCUCCGCUCUCGUCUGGAUCACCACCAGACCUGCGGCAGCCAAUCGGAUCUCACGCACAUGCGUGGACAGGGUGACGGAGGUACGAGGGUUCACCGAUGUCCAUAAGGAGAUGUACUUCAGGAAAAGAUUUGGAGAUAAAGAGCCCGCCGGAACAAUCAUCUCACACAUCCGAGCAGCAAGGAGUCUCUACAUCAUGUGUCAAAUCCCGGUCUUCUGCUGGAUCACUGCCACAGUUCUGGAGCACAUGUUGACCUCAGAGCAGAGGGAAGAGCUUCCCAAGACCCUUACGGACAUGUAUUCAUACUUCCUGCAGAUACAGAUAAGAAGAAUGAAGAACAAGUACCGUCCGAUGGGUUCACCAGAGCUGCAGGAGGCCGACAGGGACCUUCUCUUGAAGCUAGGGAGGCUGGCCUUUGAACAUUUGCAGAAGGGUCGAAUCAUGUUCUACCAGAGAGACCUCGAAGAGUGUGGUUUAAAUGUAACCGAUGCUUCCGUUUACUCUGGGAUUUGUACCGCUAUUUUCAAAAGAGAGAGCGUUAUCUUCGAAAACACGGUCUACUGCUUCGUCCAUUUGAGCGUCCAGGAGUUUCUGGCUGCGGUCUACAUGUUCCACUGCACUGUUGAGCAGAAGACCGAGAUACUGGAGAACUUCCUGGGUGAAGAAUUUGAACCCUGGGAUCCGAGACGAAACACCAAAGUUAGUGUCUUCUCACUGACUGAAGUCCUCAGACGAACCACCAUUAAAUCCCUCGAAAGUAAAUCUGGUCACCUGGAUCUGUUUGUUCGCUUCCUUUAUGGCCUAUGUCUGGAAUCGAACCAGAGAGUUUUACUGGGCCUAGCGGGUCAGACACAGAACAGUCCAGAAAUCUUCGAGACUAUAAUACAAGAGCUGAAAAAGACGGAGGCCUACCUUUGCUCGCCUGACAGAAGCGUCAACAUGGUCCACUGUUUGACGGAGAUGAACGACCAAUCCGUGCACGCGGACAUCCAGAGGUUCUUAAAGUCGAAGCAAAAGUCAAAGAAGAUAAACUCCGAAAUCCACUGCUCAGCUCUGGCUUACGCACUGCAGAUGUCAGAGGAGAUCCUGGAUGAGUUCAACCCAAAAAGGUACACAACGACAGAGGAAGGACAACGGAGACUGAUCCCUGCUGUGAGGAAGUGCAGGAAGGCUCUACUUCGGGGUCUACGACUCUCAGAGACUCACUGUGAAGUUGUAGCCACUGCUCUGAAGUCCCACCCAUCAUACCUGAGAGGACUUACAAUGGAUUUGAACCAAAUAAAAGACUCGGGAGUGAAGAUGCUGUGUUCAGGACUGGAGAGUCAGAACUGUAGACUGGAGAGUCUGUCGUUACACGACUGCAAGUUUACAGGGAUUGGCUGUUCCUAUUUGGCCUCAGCUCUUUCAAGCAAUCCUUUCUACCUGAGAGAGUUGAACCUUAUUCACAACAAACUACAGGAUUCUGGAGUCCAGGAGCUGUGUCGCUACCUGCAGUUACCGCACUGUCAACUGCAGACUUUAUUGAUGAGGAUUUGUAGUUUGUCAGAGUUGAGCUGCUCUGCUCUGGCCUCAGCUCUGAGAUCCAAUCCGUCCCAUUUGAGAACGCUGGAUCUCGGAAGUAACGAGCUCCAGGAUUCAGGAGUCCAAGAGUUGUGCGGUUAUCUGCAGAGUCCUGACUGUCGUUUGGAGACUUUAGGUUUGAACAGUUGCAGAUUGUCAGAGUUGAGCUGCUCUGCUCUGGCCUCAGCUCUGAGAUCCAAUCCGUCCCAUUUGAGAACGCUGGAUCUCGGAAGUAACGAGCUCCAGGAUUCAGGAGUCCAAGAGUUGUGCGGUUAUCUGCAGAGUCCUGACUGUCGUUUGGAGACUUUAGGCUUGGAAGAGUGCAGCCUGUCAGAGAUCAGCUGUUCUUCUCUGGCCUCAGCUCUCGACUCCAACCCCUCCCAUCUGAAGAAACUGAACCUGGAUGCUAACCCGCUCCAGGAUUUAGGAGUGAAAGAGUUGUGUGGUUUUGUGCAAAGUCCAGAAUGUCGACUGGAGACGCUGAAGUUGAAUAGCUGCAGUUUGUCCGAGGUCAGCUGUUCAUCUCUGGCUACAGCUCUUAAAUCCAACCCCUCCUAUCUGAGGAUGCUGCUCUUGGGAGGAAACAACCUUCAGGAAUCAGCGGUUAAGACGUUGUCUGAACUGAGAGAGAGUCCAGACUACAGACUGGAGACUCUGAAAUUGUAAUAACGAACUUCAGAGGGAAGACUCCACACUUCCAGGUGAAUCCAUAUCGUAUACUGUGAGAGAUGUUGCGAAGAAUUCUGUACCUGGACACUGUUCUUCGACAAACAUCGAACCAAGAUUGAUUUCCGGGGUUGGUUUUUGAUGCAAGGCUGCCAUCUUUUGGUAGAAGUUGGUAUUGUUUUGUAGCUCCACUGCUACAGUAGCACUGGAUAUGCAACCUAUCUUUGUUUUACUUUACUUGAUUGACAGUAUUAACCACUGAUCCUUAGCCGCGUUUUAGUCACGUAGUAGUAGACACCUAGCGGCAGAGCUAAUUUCCUUCCAACGUUGCAGCAGUUGAGCCAUUUCCAUUGUUCUACUCAAGGGGGUUCACAAACGUUUCCAUGCCAAGGGCCCCCAACAGCAUGUUACUGGCAAAACAACAGACAACGCUACAAAAUAUAGGAAGCUCAACUGUUUAUUGCAUGUUGGAGAGUAUUGUAUAAUAAAACUUAAAAACUG